AUGGCUUUUCGGGCACGAUCAGUGGCCCUCUUACGAUGGGGCGCUGUCCCUCGCUCCCGUGCACUGGGCCUUGCCCGUGGCAUGGCCACAGUCUCUGAUGGUGCUCGCGCGUAUGAUGUCGUCGUCAUUGGAGGUGGUCACGCUGGCUCCGAAGCCAGUGCAGCCGCUGCUCGGUCUGGUGCACGCACCGCAUUAGUCACACCCUCGCUCUCGAAUAUCGGCGUAUGCUCGUGCAAUCCCAGUUUCGGUGGGAUCGGAAAAGGCACAAUGAUACGCGAAAUUGAUGCUAUGGACGGAGUCGCCGGACGGAUCAUCGACAGAGCUGGUAUCAUGUUUCGCGUCCUCAACCGGUCCAAGGGCCCGGCCGUGUGGGGUCCCCGCGCCCAGAUCGAUCGUGAUCUAUACAAGACAUACAUGCAGGAAGAGCUCGUCGCUACGGAAGGGCUGAGUAUAGUGGAAGGCAAAGUGGCGGACAUCGUGGUGUCGAAAGAGGGGGUGGAGAAUGUGCCCGGAGCGCAAGGGAAGAUUGUUGGAGUAAGACUCGAAUCCGGAGAAGUGAUACCCACUGGGCGGGUCGUCAUCACAACUGGAACGUUCCUUGGUGGAGAGAUUCACAUUGGACUUGAGGCGUAUCCAUCAGGGCGUAUGGGUGAAGCUGCCACAUUCGGACUCAGCAAAUCCCUCCACGAAGCCGGGUUUCAACUUGGUCGCCUAAAGACCGGCACUCCUCCUCGCCUAGAUAUGAAGACAAUUGACUUCUCCUCGCUGGAGGUUCAAAAAGGCGACUCGCCUCCGCAACCAUUUUCUUACCUCAACAGCACGGUUGAGGUUGGCGAUGAGGGCCAGUUAACGUGCUGGAUGACCCAUACCAACGAAGCUUCGCACGAGAUCAUCCGUGCCAACCUCGAAAAGUCGAUACACAUCCGUGAAACGGUGCGCGGGCCGCGCUACUGUCCUUCGCUAGAGUCUAAAAUCAUUCGAUUCCACGAUAAAAAGCAGCAUCAGAUUUGGCUUGAACCAGAAGGAUUCGCGCCAAACGAAGUCAUCUACCCGAAUGGUAUCUCAAUGACUGUCCCGGCGGAUGCACAGUAUGCCAUGCUCCGAACCGUUCGCGGGCUUGAAAACGUGCGCAUGCUGCAACCCGGCUACGGAGUGGAGUACGACUAUAUUGAUCCUCGAAACCUCCGACCGACUCUGGAAACGAAACUAAUUAGUGGUUUGUACCUUGCUGGUCAGAUCAAUGGCACGACCGGCUAUGAAGAGGCUGCCGGACAGGGAAUCAUUGCCGGGACGAAUGCCGGUCUGUCAGCCCAGGGGCGGCAGCCGCUGACCCUCACACGGUCGGACGGCUUCAUCGGAAUCAUGAUCGACGAUCUCGUCACGAAGGGCGUCUCUGAACCCUACCGUAUGUUUACGGCACGGAGCGAAUACCGCAUUUCCACACGUUCCGACAACGCCGACCUGCGACUCACUCGCAUGGCUCGCAAUGCAGGCAUUGUCACGAACAAACGGUGGCAGCGUUUCACCGACACCGAAGCGCAGAUUCAGGAACUUCAAGGUCUCCUCGAGCGCACCAGACUGUCGUCCAGUGUCUGGUCCCGCAAAGGGUUCAAGACCCGAACCGACAGCUCCGUCCGCUCAGCGCUCGACCUCCUCUGCCUCGACGCAGUCGACAUUGACACACUGAUCCCUCAUAUCGAGUCACCCUCCGGCACGGCAUACACUCCGUCCUCAUUCGAUCCCGCGAUCCGAGCCCGCGUCGCAAUCGAAGGUCGCUACGCUCCCUACGUCAAACGGCAGGAGGCGAUGGCGAGGAAGUUCCUGCAGGACGAGAGCCUCCUCCUCCCUGCCGAUCUGGACUAUGCCGAGGUCCAGGGCAUCAGUACGGAAGAGCGACAGGCUCUGGAGCGCGUCCGCCCCGUUAGCGUGGGUAUGGCGAGACGCAUCGAGGGCGUCACUCCGGCAGGUGCUUUGAGGCUGCUCAUGCAUGUGCGACGAAGCACCGGCAUGCGCAAAGAUUCCCUUGUCGAGGAAGUGGCUGGAGAAUCCGCGGAGAGCGUCUUGCGCGAGUCUAUCUGA